AUGGAAUCAUCCACAUCUCCAAUACCUUGGAAUGAAACACCUCUUGGUCAAACAAUUACCUAUCUUCCAGUUCUUGGCUCUUUUCUAUGGCGUAGUUUCCUCUUAAUCUCCGGGGUCCUUCUCUAUCCAAUCACUUACCUCUCAGCGCUCAAAGUUCCCCUCCUCGCACCGAUAUCAAUCUUCUUAUACGUCUUCGCACCAUUUCUGGUCUUUACCCGAAUCAUUCUUGAUCUCUUCGUCUUCACGCCUUACAGCACUUUCGUAUACUUGGUCGACGCCAUAUAUCCAGUAUAUGUCUUUUGCGGGGUCGCGUGCAUCACUGGAGUACUUAUGGGCACAUUAGGAAGAUUCCUGGCACAGUGGGCUACGAUGGUGGUUAUGGGCCUUACAGAUCAGAAGAAAGAGGCAGACCAGGAGAGCUACAGGGAGGAAAUUGAGGGUGCGAAGGUGGAAUAUGGACCCUGA